AUGGUGCCGACUACGAGCAACAACAAUCAACGCCAAUCUAGGCCAGGUGAAACCGAAAACACAGCCGCUGGUGAGCAGGUGUCCUCCCACGUGGCUAAUCGUCGAACGUCGAAAAUACUAUUGGCAACCGCUGUAGUACUGAUCGAGAACGAGCAUGGUCUUCGCGUACCGGCACGUGCGCUGCUCGACUCCGGAUCUGAAUGCAACUUCAUAUCGGAGAAACUUUGUCAACAACUGAGGAUACAACGGGAAAAGGUCGACGUUUCGAUCACUGGCAUCGGAAAUGCCACCACCAAGGCUAAACACAGGGUUCAAGCCACCAUCAAGUCACGGUUUUCGAUCUUAUCACGGGACCUUCACUUUAUCGUGCUUCCAAAGGUCACAGUUGAUCUCCCAAUGACUCAAGUGGACAUCACGGAAUGGGAAAUUCCAGACGGCAUCGAUCUGGCCGAUCCGUCAUUCUUCAAACCAGGGAGUGUCGAUCUGGUGAUUGGCAUUCAGGCAUUCUUCAGCUUCUUCAAGACUGGGAAAGAGCUGUCGCUCGGCAACGGAUUGCCAACUCUAACUGAAUCGGUUUUCGGUUGGAUCAUUUCCGGCGAGGUGGUAGAGACUUCACAGCCAACCACGAUCACCUGCAACAUGGCGCUCACUGAUCGGUUGGACGAAUUGCUGGAGAGGUUUUGGGCCUGCGAGGAAGUAGGUGACUACUCGGUGGAUGAAGCUCGCUGCGAGGAGCAGUAUCAGCACACGGUGAAACGGGCACCGGAUGGGCGCUACACGGUCACUCUACCAAAACACGAAGGAGGUUUGGAACAGCUAGGUGACUCGGAGAAGAUCGCAACCAAACGGCUGUACGGAUUGGAAAGGAGACUGGAAAGGGACCUGGAAUUGCGUAAACAGUACAACGACUUCAUGACGGAGUACAUAACUCUAGGGAACAUGGAGAAGGUGGAUGACGAUUUACGGGCGAACGUCAAGCAUCACCCUGUUCUACGCGAGUCAAGCACUAAAACAAAGUGUAGGGUGGUGUUUGAUGCAUCAUGCAAAACUUCCACGGGCGUCUCCUUAAACGACACACUGUUGGUAGGGCCAAUAGUGCAACAAGACCUGCGUACGAUCAUGCUACGAGCUCGCGUUCGCCAGGUGAUGCUGGUCGCCGAUGUCCAGAUCGACAAGGACCCUGAGGACCGACCACUUCAAAGCAUCAAAUGGAGGUUUGGACCGGACGAGGAGGUGGCCUCGUACGAGCUAUCCACGGUGACCUACGGCACCAAGCCUGCACCGUUCUUAGCAACACGCACACUCAAGCAGCUCGCGACUGACGAACGGGAACGGUUCCCGUUGGCGGCGGAAUCUGUCGACGAUGACAUUUACAUGGAUGAUGUUAUCUGUGGAGCUGCUGAUCUGGACACCGCAAUCAACUUUCAAAUUCCUGAACUCAAAUCCAAUCAACCUUUGACGAAACGGAUCGUCACGUCAAUUGUCGCACGACUUUUCGACCCACUCGGCCUGAUAGGAGCUUGCGUCGUUGGGGCGAAAAUCUAUCUCCAGGAGUUGUGGGAUCUGAUCGACAAGGAAACUGGGAAACCGAUCGACUAG